GGACUUUUGUACGUCAACCUAGUUUUGGUUACACAUGUAGGAAUUUAUUUUAUAAUAUAAGCAAAUAUUUAGGAACAUGUUUGACCUGGAGGAGCUAGGCCUUGAUUAUUUCCUGGAAGAAGAUAAAAUUGCUUGAAAUCGUUGUAAUCGCACGUAGAAGUUGUUCCACAUCAAGAUGUUGCACUUACAAUACAUGCAUUCUGCAUGUUACGAAGAUCUCUUCUUCUAUGCAGAAGACAAGAUGAAAUUGCAGAGAAGUAGUUCAAAUCAAUAAGGUACUCCGAAGGUCUCCAAAAUGGAUAAUCAAGAAACAGAAUCUCUUAUUGAGUUUAGAGUAAGAGAGACUCAAAGUCUGCCUGAUCCACAAUCGGUACUAACUUCAGAAGAUGGCAAGGAAGACAACGAAGUAAAAGAUAAAUAUGACAGAGAUAAUGAUGACAUUAUUUUGCCCGUGGAUUCUGAUCUGCAAAUCCUCACGUUUGAUAUGUGCCCUAGGGAAAGGCUACGCAGGGAGGACACCUUGGGGAUGACAGUGACGUCAGGCAGCGUGACAAUAAAAAAAGACGCGAACAACCUGAUUGGCAUCAGUAUCGGUGGAGGGGCGCCCCUCUGCCCCUGUCUGUACAUCGUCCAAAUCUUCGACAACACCGCAGCUGCCAGAGAUGGUACUUUACAAUCGGGAGAUGAACUGGUCUCUGUCAAUGGACAAUCAGUCAAAGGAAAGACCAAGGUGGAGGUGGCCAAGAUGAUACAAGCUACUAAGGAUGAAGUGAUAAUCAACUACAAUAAACUACAUGCGGACCCCCAACAAGGAAAGACUCUAGACAUAAUCAUGAAGAAAAUGAAGCACAGGCUGGUGGAGAACAUGAGUUCUUCAACAGCAGACGCGCUUGGUUUAUCAAGGGCCAUCCUUUGUAAUGAUACUUUAGUGAAGAAAAUGCAGGAGUUGCAAGAUACGGAAUUGAUGUACAGGGGGCUAGUCGAUCACUGCAAGAGGGUGCUCCAGGCUCAUAUGGAACUACUUCAAGCAGUGAAGGCGAUGGGAGAUGUUUUCGCAUCUUUAGCCGUAAGAGAACCACAACCAAGAGCCAGUGAGGCGUUCAGACUUUUUGGUGAACAACAUAGAUCCAUGGAGAAGUUGGGACAUGAUAUGGUGAAGAAAGUGAAACCAGUUCUCUCUGACAUGGGUACUUACCUCUACAAAGCGAUACCUGACACCAGACUGACAGUGAAAAAGUAUGCGGAUGCUAAGUUCGAGUACCUAGCCUAUUGUUUAAAAGUAAAAGAAAUGGACGAUGAAGAAUGCAGUUAUGCCGCCUUACAAGAACCACUUUAUAGAGUAGAAACAGGAAACUACGAAUAUAGGUUAAUUUUACGGUGCAGGCAAUUAGCAAGAGCGCGCUUCGCAAAAUUGAGAGCGGAUGUUCUGGUAAAAAUGGAACUGUUAGACAAUAAACACGUCCAGUCUUUGGGAGGACACCUCACCAAAAUAAUCAAUGGAAUGUCAGAACUUCACAAGAACACCUUAGAGUUACUGUCAGGUCCAGCCCUUUUUCCUGUCGAAGUAGAUUUGUCCAAUAGUGCCUUUCAAUAUAAGUCGACCACUCCCGUAGUGCAGGAUAACGAAGAUGGAGAUGUUGUAGAGGCUGAAGAAGUAACUGAAACAAAUUCGCAAAACUUAAUUUGUGAUCUUGGGGAGGAAGACAGUCAAUCCGACGCUCUGUUACCAGAUAUACCAAAUCAAAAUCAAAUUGAACCUAAUUACGAAGAAAUGGACAACUUGACACUACUUUCUUCUCUUUGUAUACAAGAUUCUCCGAAGAACGGGUCUCUAUUGCCUGAUUUAGAUUAGAUUUUGUAUAGGUAUUAUAACAUAUUGUACAGGUUUUUAACUGGAGAUUUUGCCCAAUAAACACUUAUACAUGAGAUC